AUGGACGCGGCGGCCCUCAUGGUCGCGCGCGCCGAGGCCGGGGACUUUGCGGAGGCCCGGUCCCUCUGGGCGCAGCUCCUUCACAGCUCCGCCGCGCCGUGCCUCCCCGCCGCGGCGCCGCGCCUCCUCCCGGCGUACGCGCGCCUCGGCCGCUUCGACGAGAUCCUCCUCGCCGUGCGCGAGCUCUGCGCGCGGGACCGCGGCGCGGCGCGCGCGCUCUACCCGCUCGCCGUGUCCUGCCUCGGCGCCGCGGGCGAGCUCGCGCGCAUGGAGGACGCCGUGCUAGAAAUGGGCCGCCUUGGCCUCCGCGUCGACGCCGCGACCGGGGACGCCUUCGUCCGGGCCUACGCGGCCGCCGGAACCAUCCCGCAGAUGGAGGCGGCCUACCGCCGGCACAAGAAGGCCGGGCUGCUCAUCACCCGUGGCGCCAUCCGCGCCGUGGCGUCCGCGUACAUCUCUCAGCAGAAGUACUACAGGCUCGGCGCGUUCGUGGCCGACGCCGGCCUCCGCCGGCGCGACGCCGGCCUCCGCCGGCGCGACGCCGGCAACCUGCUCUGGAACCUGUACCUCCUCUCCUUCGCGGCAAACUUCAAGAUGAAGUCCCUGCAGCGCGCGUUCCUGGAGAUGGUGGCCGCCGGGUUCCGGCCGGACCUCACCACCUUCAACAUCCGCGCCGCGGCGUUCUCCAAGAUGUGCAUGUUCUGGGACCUCCACCUCAGCGCCGACCACAUGCGCCGCGACGGCGUCGCGCCGGACCUCGUCACGCACGGCUGCUUUGUCGACGCCUACCUCGAGCGCCGCCUCGCGCGGAACCUCACGUUCGCGUUCGACCGGCUUGACGGCAACGCCGAGCCCGUCGUGGCCACGGAUGCCAUCGUGUUCGAGGCGUUCGGCAAGGGCGUCUUCCACGCCAGCUCCGAGGUGUUGCUGGAGGCCACCGCCGGGAAGAGGCGGUGGACGUACUACAAGCUGCUCGGCGUCUACCUCAGGAAGCAGCAUAGGAGAAACCAAGUUUUCUGGAACUACUGA